GGCGUGGAGCUGCCUCCAGCCGGCGGGCCGGGCCGGGCCGAGCCCCCGGCGUUGAGGCGACGCGGGGAGCCUGCCUCGGCGAGGCCGGGCGCCCAGCACCCCGAGGAGGCUGCUGAGCCUCGGGCCAUGGUCCCAUCUCGCAGGACGUGGAACCUGGGAGCCACGCCCUCGCUGCGGGGCCUGUGGAGAGUGGGCCGGGCCCAAGAGCCCCAGCCAGGGAUGGCCCGCCCCGCCCCAGCCAGCCCGGCUGCCCGCCCUUUCCCACACACCGGCCCGGGGAGAUUGAGAACUGGGCGUGGAAAAGACACUGCAGCUGGCAGUGACGAGGACUCCAGUGCCCGAAGUGCCACUCGUCCUACCCUAGCUCAGUGCCGAGCCCUCAGCGUGGACUGGGCUGGCCCUCGGAGCCCCCGCAGGUUCUACCUGGCUGUGCAGGUGGAAAACCUGAAGGAGAAGCUCCUUAGGCAGGCCCAGGAAGUGAGCCAUCUUCCCUCAGAGCCGGGAGGCACCGACUUGGAGAAGCACCGGGACCUGCUCAUGGGGGAGAAUGAGCGACUGAGGCAGGAGAUGCGACGCUGCGAGGCAGAGCUGCAGGAGCUGCGGGCGAAGCCAGGGGCGGCCUGCCCGGGCUGCGAGCACAGCCAGGGUCGGGCACACUGUGCUCAUACCCUUUGGUCCCCCGUUUUCUCCCUCCCCUUGCAGUAUGUCAUCAAGACGGUGGAGGUGGAGUCACCCAAGACCAGGCAGGCCCUCAGCGAGUCCCAGGCCCGCAGCCAGCACCUGCAGGAGCAGGUGGCCAUGCAGAGGCAGGUGCUGAGGGAGAUGGAGCAGCAGCUUCAGAGCUCGCAUCAGCUGACGACCCAGCUCCGGGCGCAGAUUGCCAUGUACGAGUCAGAGCUGGAGCGGGCACACGGGCAGAUGCUGGAGGAAAUGCAGUCCUUGGAGGAGGACAAGAACCGGGCCAUCGAGGAGGCCUUUGCCAGGGCCCAGUUGGAGAUGAAGGCCGUGCAUGAGAACUUGGCAGGUGUCCGGACCAACCUGCUGACGCUGCAGCCGGCACUGCGGACCCUCACCAAUGACUACAAUGGGCUCAAGCGGCAGGUGCGCGGCUUCCCCCUGCUGCUGCAGGAGGCCCUCAAGAGCGUCAAGGCUGAGAUCGGCCAGGCCAUCGAGGAGGUCAACAGCAACAACCAGGAGCUGCUGCGCAAGUACCGCCGGGAGCUGCAGCUGCGCAAGAAAUGCCACAAUGAGCUCGUGCGGCUGAAAGGGAACAUCCGAGUGAUUGCCCGUGUCCGGCCAGUAACCAAAGAGGAUGGGGAAGGGCCUGAGGCGGCCAAUGCUGUGACCUUCGAUCCCGACGAUGACUCCAUCAUCCACCUGCUGCAUAAGGGAAAGCCUGUAUCCUUCGAGCUGGACAAGGUCUUCUCCCCGAGGGCCUCACAGCAGGACGUGUUCCAGGAGGUGCAGGCCCUGAUCACUUCGUGCAUCGAUGGCUUCAAUGUCUGCAUCUUUGCCUAUGGUCAGACGGGUGCUGGCAAGACAUACACAAUGGAGGGAAGCUCUGAGAACCCAGGCAUCAACCAGCGGGCCCUGCAGCUGCUCUUCUCUGAGGUGCAGGAGAAGGCGUCUGACUGGCAGUACACCAUCACCGUCAGCGUGGCGGAGAUUUACAACGAGGUCCUCAGGGACCUGCUGGGGAAGGAGCCGCAGGAGAAGCUGGAGAUCCGGCUGUGCCCGGACGGCAGCGGGCAGCUCUACGUGCCGGGGCUGACGGAGUUCCAGGUGCAGAGCGUGGACGACAUCAACAAGGUGUUUGAGUUCGGCCACACCAACCGCACAACAGAAUUCACCAACCUGAAUGAGCACAGCUCACGCUCACAUGCCCUGCUCAUUGUGACAGUGCGCGGCAUGGACUGCAGCACGGGCCUGCGCACCACAGGCAAGCUGAACCUGGUGGACCUGGCUGGCUCGGAGCGUGUGGGCAAGUCGGGGGCGGAGGGCAGCCGUCUGCGGGAGGCACAACACAUCAACAAGUCGCUGUCGGCCCUGGGAGACGUCAUUGCUGCCCUGCGCUCCCGCCAGGGCCACGUGCCUUUCCGCAAUUCCAAGCUCACCUACCUGCUGCAGGACUCCCUCAGUGGUGACAGCAAGACACUCAUGGUGGUGCAGGUGUCCCCCGUGGAGAAGAACACCAGCGAGACGCUCUAUUCCCUCAAGUUUGCUGAAAGGGUGCGCUCUGUGGAGCUGGGCCCCGUGUCCCGCCGGGCAGAGCUCGGGUCCUGGUCGAGCCAGGAACACCUGGAGUGGGAGCCUGCUUGCCAGACGCCCCAGCCCUCAGCACGGGCCCACUCAGCCCCCAGCUCUGGGACCUCCAGCCGCCCUGGCUCCAUCCGCAGGAAACUGCAGCCCUCAGGGAAGUCGAGGCCGGUGCCUGUGUGA